AUGAACUCGAGUCACUAUUGUCUCAGCGACCCCUCGAGGGAGAUACGUUUGCUCGAUCUCCUUCCAGCAAGCCCUCCAGGCAUCCUCAGAGGUCGGAUUCGACGUGCAACGGUCGGCAAUGCACCUGUAUUUGUCGCCGUAUCCCACGUCUGGGGCCAGGAGGAUCGUGAAGCCCCCAUGCUCCUGGACUCGGGCUGUGGGACCAGAUUGGUCCAAGUCUCCCAUAAUCUCGAGUCGUUGUUCGUGAGACUGCUCGACGAUGAUUCCCAGGCUACUUUCCCGUUGCUCUGGGACGAAGGUUCCAUGGUCCCCAUGUGGAUCGAUAUGGUCUGCAUUAACCAGGUCGACGCUGGUGAAAAGGCACUGCAGAUUCCCCUGAUGCGAGAUAUCUAUUCGCAGGCACGUGCAGUCAUCAUCUGGAUCAACGAGGAUAGCAUCGAUCUCCGCAAUGCUUUCUCGUAUCUGCGCCAUAUGCUCGCACACGCCGCCUCCGAUUCCAGCGACCUUUCGACCUUGUUCGAUCCCAGCGGAUGGGACGCCGUGAAAGUUCUCUUACGUUGCGGGUGGUUCCACAGGCGUUGGACAAUUCAGGAAGCUGUGAUACCAACAAACGCAAUCUUCCUUUGCGGUGAUGAUGUGAUGGAUGAGUGUGCUCUAUUUGGCGCCAUCGAUAUGGCCAUACGUGUGUUGUUUGCAAGGCCCAAGGAAGUCAAAAAAGUCCAGGACGCCCACGUCGGCUCGAUGAGGCCGGUACUAGUCCUGAGAGAGCUGAAGAAUUCCUACAAGACCGGUUAUCAAUUAAGCCUACUGUGGCUACUGGAACACCUGCGGCACACACGCACAACCUUGGCCCAUGACGAGAUCUAUGCCCUGCUUGGACUUUGCGGCCCAGAAGAGGUUGUUGCCAACCCGAUUCGUUAUGAUCUUGUACCGGAAGAGGUCUACAAGACCUUUGCCGUAUCACACGCACAACUGCAUCAAAACUUGGAGUUCCUCGGCCUUUGUGCGCCAGAUCAACGGGACUGCUUCAGCUUGGGACCAUUAGAGACCCCGAAUUCCCGCCCUUUUGCAGGUCCCUCAUGGGUGCCUAAAUGGCAUUCUAAGCGCCUCCAGCGCUGUCUAGGUCCUGCAAUUGUCGACAAGGGGCAAGAUGUUUUCAACGCCUCAUAUAGUCUCCCAGUCACGGUGUCGUUCCAGGACAACAAAUUGAUCGCAUUGGGUAUUCAAGUUGACCGAAUCCGGGUCAUUGGUGAUUUCUGUCACCGGAACCGGCGCCGGGAGCUGUCAGAUCCCAACUCCAGGCUGUUUCAGCAGUACUUCGACUUCUGGAUGAGGCCAGCUGGUGGGAGUCCGUCGCUCUACGAAAACUACAAAUGUCGGGCUGGAACUUUUGCCCGGACUAUUAGCCUACUCGGAAUCUACCUUGAUCCGCUACCUUCACCAAGUGAUGUUGUGGAUAUGUUCUGUCGCUGGUGCAGCAACUCAAGCUUAGGUAAGCAACUGGCAGAGUGCGGACUUGUGACGAAGGAAGAUGCGGAAAGGAGUGGACAGAAGACGUUCGUCAGAAUGAAGCGCUUGUUGGCCUGGGACCCCUUUGUCACCGAGCAGGGAUACAUUGGUCUUGCUCGCAAGGGUUCCCACAUAGGAGACGAGAUAUGGAUCGUUGGCGGUUGCAGUGUUCCCCUUCUCCUUUUUCCGCAAACUGGAAACCCAGCCCACUAUCAGGUGAACGGCGAGGUCUUCCUUGAUGGUUUCAUGUUUGACGAAGCAAUGGAAACAGCAGACACUAAGAUUCAGACGGCACGAACCGUUACUUUGCUUUAA